AGGCUUUCAUAAAUAACCCAGCAAGAAUCAAAGGAUGAAUAAAAAUCCCCAUAACAAGAAAGAUUGAAAGAUCAAAACUUUAUAGAGGAGAAGAGGAGGGGACCACGUUUCUAGGAACAAGCAAGCAAGCAAAGCAAAGCAAAAUAGAGCAAAAUGAUCAAAUGUACCGUACAAUGUUACAAUGCAGUAUAGCAGCCAGCAGUAGUUUUAUCUUCUGCAUGUGUUUGGUCUUAGUCUACUUUACUCUCUCUCUCUCUCUCUCUCUCUCUCUCUCUCUCUCUCCUCUGUUCCGACAAUCCAUAUACACUCUUCGAAAAGUUAAAAAUCACAUACUCAGCUUCUUCCACCUCUCUCUCUCUCUCUCUCAUCCUUUGGCUUUGCUUUUCUUUGGUUACACUCAUUCCCCAAACUCUACGGCAUCAUUCUCGGAGCCAAAUAUCAUCAGGCACAGCAGGCUCAAAGCAAUAUCUCUCUCUCUCUCUCUCAUGCAGUGAGAGCCUGAGAGAUUGUUGUUGUAAAGGUUAAUUCUUUCUUCUUGGCCAGAACUAGUAAUUCUUUUGGUUGUGAGACUUUGUCAGAGUAGGAUUUAUUUCAAUUCGGAUGGUAAGGGAUUUACCAUGAUCUUUUAUGCCACCCCUGUUAUUUGCAAUUGAAGCUUCUUUCUCAGUUGGUGAAGUUUGAAUAAAUAGAGGGAUUGAGCAGAAUUGGCUUGAUCUGAAUUAAGAUAUGGAGGAAAGAAAAUUGAAUUUGAAUGCACGAUUUUUGUCUGUAAGACGAAUUGCUACAACACCAGUGUGCACAGAUGGAGAGAAAGAUAAGAUAAUUCAGAGGCCCGAUGGACGACAUACUCUUCCACCUUACAAAUCAGACUUUUGUUUGGAGCAGGUAACAGAACCAGUUGCAGUUCCUUUUCACUGGGAGCACAUCCCUGGAAAGGCUAAGGAAGAUAAAGAACCAGAGCCUCAGCCUCGGGAGGAGACGUCUGUCACUCCUAGGCUUCCCCCUGGGAAGCCUAUAGAUUAUGUUACAAAGCAAACUUUAGAAAGGGAUCAUGCAGAUCGAAAUGGGAUUAGACCUCAAUUUAAAUCAUAUUCUUUGAAUGAAAAUGUGAUGGAUUUGAAGUGCUCAAAAGAGAAAACAAAUGAGAGAAGGGCCUUGGAAGUGGAGGAUGAGGAUGAUGUUUUUUCGGAUGCGCUUGAGACGAUUUCCCCUACAGAGUCUUUCUCCUUCAACUGUAGUGCAAGUGGUCUGAGUCAAUCUGAUGGUGCAGAUGUAAAGCAAUCUAGAGCCUUCUCUGUGGAUUCGCAAACUCGAGAUUUGAUGAUGAGUCGCUUCUUACCUGCAGCCAAGGCAAUGGCUUUGGAGACACCUCAUUAUGCUGCAAAGAAGCAAUAUAUAGCACCUGAACAACCAAGACAAGUCACAAGGGUAAUUCGUGAGGAUAUCAGGCCUUUACCUAAUGAACAAGGGUCUCACAUGGAACUGCAAUAUGAUCAAUAUAAAGAGGAGGAAGAAAGCGAAGGAGAAGAUGAUGAGUAUGAUCCCUCUGGCUCCAUUUCAGCAAAGGGUUGUGGGUUAUUUCCUCGGUUGUGCUUAAGAAAUUCUUUAUGCCUCUUAAGUCCAGUUCCAGGGAUGAAAGGUAGGACCCGGGCUCUCAUGUCUUCCUCCUCUGGGGUUAUAAGACCAGAAAAAACUACUUAUGGUCGGUCUCACAGCAAACCACUCAACAAGCAUGCCUUGGAUGCUGCUUAUAAGCACAAAUCAAAAGGUGGAGUCAAAUCAGGUGAAUUGCACAAAUUUGAGAAUAAGAAGGCUGGUGAAUCCAGUCGCUUUUCACAUUCUGGUGAUCUAAAGAAAGGGAGGUCAUCUCCCCUGAGGCAUUCACAAAGUGCUUGCAUAUCCCCCUAUCGAAAUGAAGCACCUUCUGGAGUCAAAUCAGGUGAAUUGCAGAAGUUUGAGUAUAAGCAGGCUGGUGAAUCCAGUCUCUUUACGCAUUCUGGUGAUCUGAAGAAAGGGAGGUUAUCUCCCCUCAGGCAUUCACGAAGUGCUUGCAUAUCCCCAUAUCGAAAUGAAGCACCUUGUGGAGUCAAAUCAGCUGAACUGCAGAAGUUUGAGUACAAGCAGGCUGGUGAGUCACGUCGCUUUUCACAUUCUGGUGAUUUAAAGAAUGGUAGGUCAUCUACCUUCAGUAAUUCACGAAGUGCUUGCAUAUCCCCCUAUCGAAAUGAAGCACCUUGUGGAGUCAAAUCAGGUGAAUUGCAGAAGUUUGAAUAUAAGCAGGCUGGUGAGUCCAGUCGCUUUUCACAUUCUGGAGAUUUAAAGAAAGGUAGGUCAUCUACCUUCAGUAAUUCACGAAGUGCUUGCAUAUCCCCCUAUCGAAAUGAAGCACCUUGUGGAGUCAAAUCAGGUGAAUUGCAGAAGUCUGAGUCUAAGCAGGCAGGUGCAUCCAGUUGCUUAUCGCAUUCUGGUGAUUUAAAGAAUGGUAGGUCAUCUCCCUUCAGGCAUUCACGAAGCGCUUGCAUAUCCCCUUAUCGAAAUGAAGCACCAAAGUCUCCAUUUCCUGGCGUGGGGUUUCUUGGCAUUCCCAGAGAGGAGAGUGUCAAAGCCAAUAGUAAGUUCAAUCUGCAUAACAAGGGUGGUCACAAAUUUCAGGAAGUGUUAAGCCACCAAAGAAGUAUACAAGGGCCACGCUCUGAGAGCCCUACCAUUGAGAAGACACUUUAUGUAGAUACUGUAAAUACUGCCCAACUAUCAUGUUCAAAUUCAAGUUCUUUAGUUAUCAAGGAACAAGUAGACUCUACUGGUGAGGAUUUUGAUACCUCAUUAAAGAGUAGAGACACGGAAGAAACUUAUACUGAAUCUUCGUUUCUAGAUAUCAAAUGCCUGACUUAUUUGGAGGGUGGAGGCACAUUGGAACAUGAAGUAUCGGAUUCCAUUGAUGACAAUCUACCUUCGUUAUCUGACCUCUCACACAUCAAAGGCCAAGUAGUUGCAGUGAAGAACUCUCAGCUAGGAACUGGUCAGGAUAUUGAGCCAUUCAACUGUUCAAACUCCGGUGCUAAUGGAAAAAGUGGUCAGAUUAUAAAAGCAGAUCCAGGAAUUGUUGAUGCUAGUUCUGUACAGUCUCCUCUUCCCCCACCUUUACCAAGAUCACCUUCUCAGUCGUGGCUUUGGUCUACCCUUUCUUCAAUUUCUUCGCGAUAUCCAAUUUCACAAGCACGUACUAAAAGGUUGGAUUCCAAGACAUCCUCCACCAGCACCAAGUGGGAAACCAUUGUAAAAACUUCCAAUUUGCGCCAUGAUCAUGUUCGUUAUUCUGAGGAAUUGAUUGCUCAUAUUUCUCAGCAAUCCAAGAGUUAGAAUUGCUGUGGUCUUCCAAAAAUGUCUCCACGCUUGCUGCCUUCAUUUGAAAAGUUUGUUUGAAGGUGAUCAAAAGUAGUUAACAUCGGCUGGCCUACGUACUUAUUUUAUUUUUGCAGAGAGGUUCUCUUCCCCCCAUCGUUUUUGCUCAUGAUAUAUUACUAGAUGAAUAACCUUGGUUUUCUCAGCUUUUUGCUUCUUGGCUUUCUCUAGCUUACAAUUGAUUUCUUCUCUUACAAGUUGAACUGAGAUAGCUUAUAGGCAAAAAAGGUCACACGGGCCCAAUUUCUUGUAAUUGGAGUAUAUCUUUCAGACAGCAAUUCUAAUUUAUUUGGCUUCCUGUGAUGCUGAUGUAUAGGAAUUACCAGUUUUUGUUUUGGGGGUCAUGAUGCCAAUAGUUCUUAUUGGCUUUGAUAUUUUUGGAAAGAUUAGAGCAAUCACCCUAUGGAUUGAUCAUUCAAAUAUUUGUAUAUGUCAGUUUUGCAGUUUCUUUGCUUCUGUCAAAAAGGAAAUAUUUGUUCUUCAGAGACCAGAAAGCAGAGACUCCAUCAGCUACUUGUAACUCAAAUAAAGUAUUUUUCCUAUUUUUUUAAA